ACGGCCUUCGGUGUCGCACCGUCUCGUUCGCGAGAAGGGAAAUUCGUCGUAAGACAACACGAAAACUCAGUGUUUUUGUUUUUUUUUAAUUCUACGAAAUAUGCGUGAUUUUUGCCAUCGUUUUCCCGGACAAUAAAAUCGUUUUGAAAAUGCGGACAGCGCUGAGAAGGUACCAUUCCUACUCGUUGUCCGCACCUCGAAAAUGGUUCCAAAGGAUUUAACGUGCUGGUGGCUGCUGGUGUGUUGGGUUUUUACGAUAUGCUCGUGGGACGGAGUCAAGUCAUCACCGUUACCCGUAAAACAACUGCAUAAUGAUUUCGAGCUUAAUUCCUGGAUAAAACACUACGAUGUCGCCAGUUACGAUCCUUCCAUAUUGGUCCAGCAACACAAACGCGUCCGAAGAGAUACAAGUGAUGGAGGAUCAAUCAGAUUGCAGGUGAAAGGACAUGACAGAAUAUUUAAGCUUCUACUCGUUCCCGAUGAAUCCAUUUUUGCUGAUGAUGUUAUAAUAGAAUCAACGUUACAUCCAAAUUUAAACUUCAGCACUGGUAUAGCUUAUAGUGGAACAUUAGAAGAUGAUGAAAGUGCUUUGGUUUCUGGUAUCAUAACCCAAAACGGACUUUUCGAGGGUACUGUAGUGACACAAACCGACGAAUUUCAUAUAGAACCAGUGAGCAGAUAUUUAUUUCAAAAUAUUACCAAAGAACCAAUAUUUCAUUCGAUAAUAUACAAAAUGAACGACGUAAAGGAUCCUAGAAAGCCAGGUUCUUGUGCAUCACAAAGAUUGUACGAGAAAAAUUUGGGUCAACAUAGCCGAGAAAAAAGAUGGUUGUUGCAAGCAGAAGCUAAACAUCCUUACGACGAUGACUUGAUUUUCUUAAACCGAACCCGAAGGCCGUUUUUCACAAACUUCGACAUUAACCAACAGCAAAUCGACGAAGUAAUGGAAGUUGACGACCGGACGAAUGUGGACGCUUCAGCUUUGGUAUUUAAAAAUGUUUAUAAACGGGCCACUAUUGAUCCUAAAAAGACGACUUGUAUGUUGUAUCUUCAGGCUGAUCAUCAAUUUUUUCAAAAAUAUGGGACAGAAGAAGCUUGUAUAGAAGUGAUGACGAGGCAUGUUCAAAGAGUGAACGCUAUUUAUAGGAAUACUGACUUCAAUCAAGACGGGAAAAAGGACAAUAUCACUUUUAUGGUCAAAAGGAUCAAAGUUCAUACGUUAGAGGCCUUGAAAGAUCCAACUUAUAGGUUUCCCAAUAAUUAUGGGGUAGAAAAAUUUUUGGAGUUGUUUUCUGAGGAAGAUUAUGACGCAUUUUGUCUCGCCUACAUGUUCACCUAUAGGGAUUUCGAAAUGGGAACGUUAGGGCUCGCCUGGACGGGGGAUCUUAAAAAUGCAGGAGGAGUUUGUGAGAAAAACGGGCAUUACAGGGGCAGCAUGAAAUCACUAAACACCGGAAUAGUAACGUUGCUGAAUUACGGAAAGCAUGUACCGCCAGCAGUCAGUCAUGUUACAUUGGCGCAUGAAAUUGGACAUAAUUUUGGAUCUCCGCACGAUCCUGAACAAUGCACUCCAGGUGGCGAAGAUGGAAAUUUCAUAAUGUUCGCCAGAGCGACGUCAGGAGAUAAGAAAAACAACAACAAAUUCUCACCGUGCAGUCUUAAAAGCAUCAACCCUGUUCUGAACUACAAAGCCAGAAGUGCCAAAGGAUGUUUCACUGAACCCAAAGCUGCCAUAUGCGGUAACGGUGUAGUGGAAGAAGGCGAAGAAUGUGAUUGUGGAUGGGAAGAAGAUUGUAGUGAUCAAUGUUGCUUUCCUAUGCGUAGAUAUCCUCCGCUAGAUGAACCUCCUUGUAGACUUACACCAAGAAGUAUUUGCAGUCCAUCGCAGGGUCCAUGUUGUACUCCAGACUGCCAGGUGAAAUUUGGAGACAAAUGUCGUGACGAUAACGGUUGCCGAGACGAAAGUUUUUGCAAUGGACGUGAACCUCAAUGUCCUCCUUCAAUCAACAAGCCCAACAAAACGAUUUGUAAUAAGGAAUUUGUUUGCUUCAUGGGGGAAUGUACUGGUUCCAUUUGUCUGGCAUACGGUCUGGAAUCUUGCCAAUGUAUUCCAGGCAAAAAUGAUCCGAAAACGAAAGCUUGCGAGCUGUGCUGUAAACUUCCUGGCGAUACUCAGCCUUGCUUGUCCAGUUUUGAGUGGAACGACAUGCCUUAUGAUAUACCUGAUAUGUUUUCUAAGCCUGGUACUCCUUGUAACGAUUACUCUGGCUACUGUGACGUGUUCCAAAUGUGCAGAGAAGUAGACCCUUCAGGGCCUCUAGCUACAUUAAGGAAACUUUUAUUGAGUGAAGAGAGCAUUGCUAGUUUCAAAAGAUGGAUUAUGGAUUAUUGGUAUGCUGUAGCUGCGAUAUUAAUUGCUAUAGUAACUUUAUUGAUCCUCAGCACUAAAUACCUAGGAAAACGUCCCAGCUUCAAACUAAAAUCCGUUACAAUAAUGCAUAACCAAACUACCGAAGCCGUUCGAUUACCAUCGGACGGUCAAGACGGUGCAGUCAUCAUCCAUCAGGGCAUUCGAUCGAAAGUGCCUCUGAAAAAACGCGUGAGAGAUGGCAGAAUAAGGAAGAAACGAAAAUCGACAGGGAAAACUAAAGACGGUAAACCAGCUAUUAGUAAAAAGAGUGCCGGAAAUAGUCCCGGUAACGAUAAGGGAGCCAAUAACAAUUUGAAUAGUCCUAAAAAGAGUUCGCCGAAAAAGAAAAAGAGGAUAAGUGCAGCUAUUGGAGCGGAGGAAACUGGACGAAAGAAUAAGGAUAUUUUGGAAAUACCUCACAGCAAAGUCAAGAAACUCAACCCGAAAUCGAAAAAGAAAAACAAAAAGAAAGAAAUAAUCGACUACAGCUCUAUCCAGCCGGACAUCGACGGUAAAAACGAUAACACCACAACUCCAGUAGUCCACACGACCAUCACCCAAGAAUCCACCGAUCCGGUGGGCAAAGUCCACCACUGGCUGAAAAACCAAUACAAUUUACCAAAAUCGAAAAGCACCCCGGUGGGAUUGACUAACGUCCGCACCAAACCUACCAUACGUCCAUCCAGGCCGGACAAGAGUAAAUCGCGCAGCGUCGCCAGCAUUCCUUCGAACGAAAAGGACAAAGUGCGCGUACAAGUCGUCUACAAACCGCCGUUCAAGUUCAGCUUGAAAUUGAAAAAGCCGGAAAAAACUACUAGUGCAAUAGUCGAACCGAUCAAAAAACCUAGAACUGCCUUUUUAGUGCAAAGCAGCGUUGAUCUUCCUGUAAUUGCCGCUGCCACUUCGAAUAAUAACUUGAAAUCUCCGGAAGGAAUUAGACCGGCGCCUUACGAUACGAUAGAUUUGGCAACGGUCGAUAUAGAUUCAAAUGUGCAUACCGUCCAAAGCGAUUUAGAUGUAUUGUUGUCGGAUGAAAAUGAUUAUGUUAGUGUGGAUGAGUAAGAAUUUGAUAUUUUUUGCUAUAUAUUGAAUGAAAUGAGGGUUAACAGAUUAUAGUGACCAGUUUGCAGCCUUCAGAUUUGGUUUUACAAUCUGAAAUUUUAUAGUCUUUAUGCCUAAAUCAACAGUCUUUAUUCUCAAAUCAUAGUCUAUCAUAUAAACUUUUUAAGAUAUGAUUUGUAGCAUUUCAAGUUCUUCUAGUCUUUUGAGAUUUCAAAAACGAAGCUUCAGGGUUUCAAGGCCUGGGAACCUGAUUGUAACACUUUGAAGUCACUAAGAUCUCUGGUGUAGCAGCCUGUGGUACGCUUACCUGAUAUCAACUGCUGGACCCUGCGCCGAGGGCUGCUAUACCGAUUCUCGAGCGGCGUUGCCGACUCAAGUACUUAUGCCACAUCUGAGGUCUUUGAAACUUUUGAAAAAAAUAAAAAAAUUAGGAAUCAAUUCUUGGCCAUCAUUAUUAACAUGUUAGCCCUCAUCAUUGUUUUUUUUUUUUUGUUAUGGAGAAUUACACAUAUUUUUAUGGCUGUGGAAUUACAGUUAUCCGUUCGGAGCAAUAUUUUUGACUAAAAAUCUUCAUUAUUAUGCUACACCUAAUUUUAUUUUUGUUAACGGAAAUCAAUUAUCCUAAUGUUCCAGCUAAUUUUUUUGGUUUAUAAUAACGAGCAACAAUCUAUUACGGGUCAGAAUAUAUUUGUUGUUAUAUAAAAAUCAAAUUUUUGUGCAGUUUUAACUUUUUCACACUUUUUACUAGUAAGGUACUAAUCUUGAACUACAUAAAUGAAUAUGCAAUGUGAUAUCUAAAUAAUCAUUCCUUUAUCAUUUAAUAAUUUGUGUUGUGAAUUAAAUUUAUUACAAAUUGUAAAUAAUAAUCCUUCCUACAUGAAAAAAAAACAAAAUGCAAUUUUGUACUAAUUUUCUUUGGAGUGUGUCAAUCGUAAAUUUGUAUUAUAGUGCCAAAUAAGGUGGUAUUUGUGCUUUUUAUAUAGGUGUUUCGAAACAAAUAAAGCUGUAUUUUUCUAUAAACUGUUUAAAAAAAAAAUGCCAAAAACAAUAUACCUACUGUCUUUAAUUAUUAUAGCGGUGUCUAACAAUAAUAAUUUCAGUAUUAGUUUAUGAUUAAUUCUUUUUUUUUUAAGAUUUAAGUGUAAUAGUAACAAUCUAUUGCUUACAACUUUUAUAAGUGACAAAAUUUUAUUAUGUUAACAUUCAUUUUUAACUUAUCUGGAUGUAUUAUUAUUAUUUAAUUUUUGUAUUUAUAUUUAAAAUAUAUUGAUUUUUAUUAACUAGUACA